AUGGACUCUGCUCAGCAAGCCACAAAUUUCCUAAAGAAACUUGGACAACUUCUUCUCAUUUUCGGUUCUGAUGACCCUGAACCCCUGAAUAACCUUCAAUCUCGACGGCUUACAAAAUGGAAAGCGUUGUUGAAUGGCUCGAAUCUUGCGAGGUCAAGGACCCAGAAGCAUGUACAGGGAUAUGCGCGGCAGUUCGCUUCCAAGGUCCUGGCCAUUGCCGGUCGCGAGACACUUUAUCUUUGCAUGAUCGAAUACUCUGUUUCAAGCCUUCCAAAAAUUUCAUAUAGUGGUUUCUAUCCAGCAUUGAAAGAAUGGUCUCGAAGCGUGCAAUUUCCAGAACUGCUAACAAAGCAGACUUCUGAGUUUUGGAAUGCAGUAGAUCGAAUGCGGGAAGGCAAAGGGACAUCAGAAGAACAAGUGUUUUCAAGGAAUGAUUCCACAGAACGGCCCGUUCCUGGUGAUAGUGAUAUUCUUCUAGCAGCCAACCAAUAUCAGGAUAUCAGGAGAGAUGACGAGUCUACCCAAAGUCCUAUGCAAAUGAUGUCCCAUUUCAGAAUCCUAGAUGCGACUCGGUUACGAGGGACUGCAGAAGAUGACAGCAUGCAACGCUCGACAAGUAUGCACGACAGAAACGAAUCCCAUCCUGAAACAGAAAGGCCACUCGAGGUGGCCUUUGCGGUACCUCCGACGCUCUUGGAUGUCUUCUAUCAGCUCCACAAAAGUUCAAAAAGCUCUCCGCACUCAGCAAUCAUCACGGUUCCCACUCAAGAUCGUGUCGCAUCACUUGUUUUGUCCAUUCCUCGAACCGAGGCGGUGUUAAAGGGCUAUGAGUACAAGUUGCCAGUAAUUUUCAACUCUCGUGAUUUGUCAGAGAAUUUGAAGCAGAAAGAAACCGGAAUGGACCGAAACGGAACAAAGCGAAACGGAACAAAGCGAAACGGAACAAAGCGGGACGGAACAAAGCGGGACGGAACAGAACAGAACGGAACGGAACAGAACGGAACGAAUCGGAAGUUCUUUAUAGCAAAAUGCAUCAUGGCUUCGAUUGGCUUUUAUAGCGUGCUAAGCAAAGCAAUUGAAAUAUUUGGCAGUGAUACCAGCCUUUACUGUCACAUAACCAGCCAUUCUUAG